UUUUCAAGGGAGAGGAAAUCCGAAGGAAACGUGGGGUUCAGCGCGGUGGUCACCAGUCAAAUGGAGUAUUAAAUGGCCCCUGUAGUCGCACCUUUUUUCUCUGCUACACUCGAGUUGAAUUUGGUGGGUUGGAAUACGGGCGUGGCGGCCCAAAAGUGAAGGUUGGCACAGGGCCCGGGAGAAGGGGGGGGGGGGGGGGGGGGGGAUACCAGCGGGUGAUACUACCCGGGGGAUAAGGCGACCGUCGCUUUUGGCCCAAAAUGUCGAUGCAAUACGAGGUGGAGCAGCUGGCCGGGAGCUACGGAGUGGCGGACUCGUUCCCCAAAGACUUUGGCUACGGGGAAGAGGAAGAGGCGGACAUCGAGGACAGCCCGGCUCCGUCCGACAGCAAGCCGAGGAUCCUGCUUAUGGGUCUGAGGCGAAGUGGCAAGUCAUCGAUUCAGAAGGUGGUUUUUCACAAAAUGUCACCCAACGAGACCUUGUUUCUGGAGAGCACCAACAAGAUCUACAAGGACGACAUCUCCAGCAGCUCCUUCGUCAACUUCCAGAUCUGGGACUUCCCGGGCCAGGUGGACUUCUUUGACCCCACGUUCGAUUAUGAGAUGAUCUUCAGAGGAACCGGAGCCCUCAUUUUCGUCAUCGAUGCUCAGGACGACUACGUGGAAGCUCUGGGACGACUCCACCUGACUGUGUCGCGGGCGUACCGGGUCAACCCAGACAUCAACUUUGAAGUGUUUAUCCACAAAGUAGACGGGCUCUCUGACGACCACAAAAUCGAGACCCAGCGGGACAUCCACCAGAGGGCCAAUGACGAUCUGGCCGACGCCAGCUUGGAGAAGCUCCAUCUCAGCUUUUACUUGACGAGCAUCUACGACCACUCCAUCUUCGAGGCCUUCAGCAAGGUGGUGCAGAAGCUCAUCCCGCAGCUGCCUACGCUGGAGAACCUGCUCAACAUCUUCAUUUCUAAUUCAGGGAUCGAGAAGGCCUUCCUUUUCGACGUGGUGAGCAAGAUCUACAUCGCCACCGACAGUUCCCCAGUUGACAUGCAGUCGUAUGAGCUGUGCUGUGACAUGAUUGACGUGGUCAUAGAUGUUUCCUGCAUCUACGGUCUGAGGGAGGAUGGCAGCGGCAGCGCCUAUGACAAGGAGUCCAUGGCGAUCAUCAAGCUCAACAACACCACUGUGCUCUAUCUGAAGGAGGUCACAAAGUUCUUGGCGCUAGUUUGCAUCCUGAGAGAAGAAAGCUUCGAGCGUAAAGGCUUGAUCGACUAUAACUUCCACUGUUUCCGAAAGGCCAUCCACGAAGUGUUCGAGGUGGGUAUGUCGGCACAACGCCCACUCGGCACGCUGCCCUUGAGCUCGCCGGCGCGCAGCAAGGCCGUGGCCCUUAACGGUACGCCGCGCAACACCGUCUAAGACUCUUUACGGACGAAAAAGACAUUCAGGACGAGCCCAAAAAGCGGCCAGAGGAAGAGCUUGAAUGCCACACGCGUUCAGGCCCAACGUGGCCGCAUGCAGCAGGGGAAGAACUCUUUGGGUUUUCAAGACUACUGAUGGGAGGGACCGAUGGUCGCCACCUUGUCAGGAUUAUGACGCACCCACUAGACCACUUGUAAAAAUAAAUAAAUGAUGAAGGUAAGGCCUCACCAAUGCAGCAUGAGCACCCGGCUUCUGAGUUGCACCCUCACCCUCAAUGCUGCGCGGACGUCACUUCUUCCGAUUGCACGCGUCAACGGAGCGCACUCGAAAGGGAUCGAUUGUAUGUCUGGGUGUGGAUGCACUUUUUGAAUGGGAGUUUGUGUGUUGGGUUGAGCUGUCGACACUUUGUGUGUUCUUCUCAAUAAAGACGACAAAUUAAACGAUCUGAAUCGAGACUUGAGCAU